GUCAGUUGGUUGCUCUCCUCUCCUCGCCCGUGAACAUGGUGCGGACUAAAGCAGACAGUGUCUCAGGCACCUACAGAAAAGUGGUGGCUUCCCGAGCCCCCCGGAAGGUGCUGGGUUCCUCCACCUCUGCCACCAACUCCUCGUCUCUUUCAUCAAGAAAAGCUGAAAAUAAAUAUGCAGGAGGGAAUCCAGUUUGUGUGCGCCCAACUCCCAAGUGGCAAAAAGGAAUUGGAGAAUUCUUCAGACUGUCCCCUAAAGAUUCUGAAAAAGAGAAUCGGGUUCCUGAAGAAGCAGGAAGCAGUGGCUUAGGAAAAGCAAAGAGAAAAACAUGUCCUUUGCAACCUGAUCACACAGAUGAUGAAAAAGAAUAGAACUGUGUUAUUCAUCCUUGACUUAUGUCUUCUGUUUAUUCUGGUAUUCUAGGAUGUAUAUUUGCAUUAAUGUUUCAGUUAAUCUUGAUGAAUAGAUAUUUAAUUAAAAAACAAGUCUUACAUUUAGUAAAACAAAAGUAAGUGGUUAUGAUACUGGAGAGUUUAUAAGAUUAAUUAUGAUUACUUAGCUGAGUAUUCAGUCUAAUGCAGUUAUGGUCUCUUUUACCUGUUAUUAGCUUCUUCUGUUAGUAGUUUGGCUAAAAACAAAUCAUUGUAUGAUGCUCUAUGAAUCUGUUGUAUUUGAGAUUUGCUUAGAUCUUUGUACUGAUGUCAUUUUAAUUGGCAUUUGAUUAUUUAAAUGGUGCCAUGUUUAAUUUCUUCUUAAAAGCAGAGUUAGAUUUUUGCACGUUAAAAAUUUUCAGUAUUAAACUGAACCUAUACUUUUUUCAAAGAAAGGAGGCCAAAGAUGCAUUGUUGAAAAAAUUUGGAUGACUAUAUUUUUAGAAAAAUUUUAGGGAUAUUUGGCCAUGAAGGCUUAAAUGAUUGGUCAAACUUCUAACAACAAAAAAUGAAAAUUUAGCACAAAAUCUGGCAGCAAGUUUCCAUAGACUACAUUAAAUGAGAGGCAUUCUCCUAGAAUAUGCAUUUGAUUUAAUGUCAUCGACCUUUGAGCCUAUGAUUUUAAAGUUCAAAAGCAAUAAAACAUGAAAGGCAGAUCAUGCUAUAAACCUGGAGCUGUGUCUAAAGUUCUUCAUGCUACCAUUAUACAUUUCAAGAUUUCUAGGGCUAUAAUCGAAAUGGUAUAUUACUUAGUAUUAGUAUCUUGCUUCCUCGUUACACUUUUUGCUCACAAAUUGUCAAAAUUAACCACGU